AUACCCGGCAGCAGAGGGGUAGUGGGCUCCAGCAACAUCCAGGAGCACCUCCUCCUCUUUGACCUGUCAGUCUUCAAGUCCCUUCUACAGAUUGAGAUCAAUCAGUGCGAGUCCAGGCAGAUCAAGGGCCUGCCGCUGUUAAGGCCAGCACUGGUGACCAUGAGCGUGCACCACUCGGCGGCCUCCAUGAAGGAUAUCCUGGUUCCCGAGGCCUCCGAGUUUGCCCAAUGGGAGGCAGAGGGUGUGGCCUCAGACUGUCCGGUUACUGCCGUCAUCCCAACCUGGAAGUCGCUGACCACCCUGGAUAUGAGUCGCAAUAGUUUGCAGUGUAUAGACGACUCAGUGAAAUUAAUACCAAAAGUGGAAUUCUUAGAUCUAAGUUAUAAUGAGCUGACGAUGGUGGAAAACCUCCAGCAUUUAUAUAAUCUCAUUCACCUGGACCUGUCCUAUAAUAAGCUCACUGUACUGGAGGGUGUGCAUACCAAACUGGGAAACAUCAAGACGCUGAACUUGGCAGGAAACCAGCUGGACAGUCUGUCUGGCCUCAAUAAGCUUUAUUCCCUCGUGAACUUGGAUUUAAGCAGCAACAAAUUAGCACAGCUCGAGGAAAUCAAAAAUAUCGGGACUUUGCCGUGCCUGGAGAAGCUCAGCCUCACUGGAAAUCCCAUGUGCAUCAUCCCGGACUACAGGACCAAGGUUCUGGCCCAGUUCUGGGACAGGGCUUCUGAGGUGUGCCUGGACAGCACCAUCACCACGGAGAAGGAGCUGGACACAGUGGAGGUGCUGAAGGCCAUUCAGAAAGCCAAAGAAGCCAAAGACCGCAUGGCCAGCAGUGAGAAGAAGGUACACCCCCUGCUGACUGGCCGGACAAGAGCGGCAGCUCGCGCUGAAAUGUCUGUCAGAAUAGCAGGACAAAAGUUACAGCUGAAAGGGAGCUUUAAAUAAAAAGAGCUCAAGUUAGUCUAAGAUUAUUAUAUCUGCAUAACAGACAAAUGGUGAGGCUUUUUUAUAGAAUUGUCAUUUUUAGUGGUCAUUUGUGUGUUUUAAUUAGUAAUUUAUUCUUUGGUAUAAUUUGAUAAUUUUUAGAGGUAUAGAGCUGUUACUUUCUCACAAACAUUUCAGCUCGUCGGUUAUGAGGCACUUAAUGGUAGUGUAAGCUAAAUGGAUGCCAUUUUUGGAACGAUCCAUUGGCAGGUUGGCAGACAUUCCUCACGUUUCUGAGUUGGUAUGGCCUGUCUCGACCUGUCCUGGAAAGUGAUCUUAAGGACUGGAUCAUGAUGUCACCCCCUGACCUCAGAGCACUCAGUUGCAUUUUCACUGGGAACUAAACCAAAAACUUGUUAGUUAUUGUUCUUUGGGACCUUUGCUAACAAGUAGUUUUACAGCUUAAGUUCUUCACAAACCAGUUGUCGA